AUGGAGCACGACUGUGGAACGCAGCAUCGCUCGAGAGGCUUCAUUCUCCAGGCGCGAAUGCUACUUAUGUUUUGUGUUGGCGGAUUGCCGCUUCUCACUAGUGAACAAGCAACGGCUCAACGGGUGCAAAAUGUAGUUCAGCAUCGCACUCUGCUGCAACAACAUGCGUCAGCCUCAGGCAAACUUGUGCGUAAGUGCUGGCUGUCUCACGAGAACACAAACUCUGAUACACCUGCUCCUGCGACGCUGUCAGCGGGACAACUCAGCGUCUCCUUGCGAUGCCUUGGGAACGGCAACCAAGUAGUGCCUCACGAUGAAGAUAUGCAAAGGGUGUGCAAUGCUGGGGAGGACGCAAUGACAGUAGCUGAGUGCGCUGAGCGGGAGGCCAAGCAAAUCAAACUAAGAGCGCUCCUCGGUGCAAGCAGCGAUAUCACAUGGAGGAAGAAGCUUAUCAGUGGAUCCAAUGGAGAAAAGUGGAAGCUAAAAUUGCAAGUUUCAGAGCUCCCUCUGAGCGAUGAGCAGUUCGUCGUCGGUUGUCGGCAUAAAUCUGGUGAUGCUGACUCCCAGUGCAAGUUGGUGGUCACUGUCGAAGCGCGAGUGUCAUCUGCUGUGGGGAACGUCGUUACUUGUGCUUAUGGAAGGCAUAGCAAUGCAGACACCUUGCGUGCCGAGCUGUCCGAAGAAAACCGUACAUUAACUAUUGACUGUGGGGCGACCGGCCGUCUUCAGCAUGCAACGUACCCUGAUCCUUGCUCUCCCAGCGAAGCAGAUACGGAGGACUGCCAAACUACGAACGAGGAUCUCUUCCCGAAAUUCGACGAGAGCUGGUGGAGAGAGGAUAGUAGAGGCGAAAACCGUCAUACUCUGCGGAUCCCCAAGGAGGAAUUCCCUGCUGGAAGCGGGCAAUUCGUUGUGGGCUGUGCGCCUAGUGAUGAAUCUGUCCAGCCUCCAGGAGCUCUACACGAAAAGCAGGGGGUUCGUCGCGGGGGUUAG